AUGGCAGCCAACAUAAACUUUGAGUUUGAAGUAGAAAAAUCUGUGCCACGGAAGGAAGACAUCUCUGCCGCUGGAAGAUUCACAACCAACUGCAUGAACUGUCACUACACCUGCCAUUAUCCUUGCCCGAUCCGGAGAGAUGAGGGCAAGCGCCGUUGUGUAGCUAUCAAUGCAAAUACGGGAAAAUGCAAUGUCUGUCCCGGCCGCUGCGUGUGGAACAUGCACUUCAAUCAGAAAUACCUGUUUGAAUAUAAAGUAACAAAAGAGAUUAAGUCCUAUGAUGAGUUGAAGCAAAAGUAUGAAGACGCCUCUGGAGAGGCGAUGACCCCAGAGAAGGUGCUUGGAAAUCUCAACCAGGAAUACAAAGAGGCUAAGCAAGCCUUAGAAGACCUCAUCCAGAAAUCAUCUCAAAGCCUCCAGCGCUUGCAUCAAAUUGGGUUGAAGCCCAACCCGCUCUCCACUCAAGAAUACAUUGACCUGCUCAUCAUUUCAGAAGAGCAGGAUCUGAAGCCUGGAUACCAGGAGAGAAUCCAGUUGCUGAAGGAAGUGAGGGAAUCUGUUGUAAACAAUGACUGCCCUCUGCUAUUGGAUCAAGAUCUGUACGACCCAAGUGAACAAGAAAAGUCCUCCUCCCUGCGGGCCAGAUUUAGGAAGUUUUUUUGCUUCUGA